CAUGUACUGAGCAGCAACAUAGUAGGUAAAGUCACUACGAAAUAUCUGUCUUUUGAUCUGGAGUGUGUUCAGCACAAACGAUUAGGGUACAUGUACUGAAGAAGGUCAUAAAUCGAGAAAGCAACUUCCUCACCAAACAUUCAAGAUUUUCUACUACAUAGUGAUAAAUGAGAUGACCUUUCUGUUUGCACGUCUGAGCAUCAGAAAGAGCUCCUUUUGGAUGGAACCCUCACUUUCUUCUUUAGUUUUGAGUGUGCUCUUCAUUCAAUGGAUAUCUAAGAGAACGCUAGCUUCCGAGAGAUAUACAUAGGUUUCCACUGAGUUCUUCACUUCGGGUAAAGACGCCUCCGUUUUUCAACAAAGAGGGAUAACAUCGGCACAGGUGCCGUUAGCAUAUUAAAGUUAAUCUUCCGAUGAAAAACCAUACUAGCAGUCAUCAACAUCAACAUGGCGUUAUAGUCUCCAUUAUGAAUGAUUCAACACUCAGUUGAUGAGCAGCAGAUAGAUAAUUCAUCAUUAAUUACAUUUAUUGACAAAAAUAGAGGAAAGGACUCUGCAAUUUAUAACCCAACCAUGGCUAGUAACAGUACAGAGGACGGUAACCAAAAACCUAGCAACGGAGCAUCGGCUUCCACGGAAGAUUCCACUAGCCAAGAGAGCUUGUUUGAAUGCAACAUUUGUCUUGAUACUGCCAAGGAUGCAGUCGUCAGUAGAUGCGGGCAUUUAUUCUGUUGGCCCUGUCUAUACCAGUGGCUUGAGACCAGACCAAACAGACAAGUGUGUCCAGUAUGCAAAGCGGGCAUCAGCAGAGACAAGGUCAUUCCAUUGUAUGGACGGGGGAGUACAAAUCAACAAGAUCCCAGAGAAAAGAUGCCGCCAAGACCACAGGGGGAAAGACUCGAACCAGAAACACAAGGGCCCUUCCAAGGUUUUGGUUUUGGAGACGGUGGUUUCCACAUGUCCUUCGGUAUUGGUGCCUUUCCUUUCGGUUUCUUUGCUUCAACAUUCAAUCUAGGAGACGGCAGAGUUGGUCAUCCACCCCGUCCACAAGUUCCUAGCAACCCGGAAGAGCAGUUUUUAUCCAAGGUGUUUCUGUGGGUUGCAUUUCUCUUUGUAUUCUGGUUGCUGGUCGCUUGAUAUUUGUUGAGCCUCGAGGGACCACCUCAUUACUGCUUUGAGCCAAGCUUUCUUCAGGGACUCCUACGACUGCAUCGAUUUAGUGCAGUUAAAA